AUGUCAAGGGUAAUCCUAAAAGAAUCCUCCAAAAACUUUUGCAAAUUAUUUUUCAACCGUCCUCAAGAGCAUAAUUCUCUUAACUGAGAAAUGAACCGAGCUUUAAAUUCUGACCUUUCUGAAGCAGCCUCUUUAAAUCAAAAAAUUAUUUUUUCAUCGACAUCUGAUAAAUGCUUCCAUACAGGAGGCGACGUGGUCUCUAUUUUGCAUCAAUAUCAAUCAUUCCCUGAAUUUGGGCCACUUGCAUAUGAUUCUUUGAGGAAAAUAUAUGAAUACCCUGAAGAGACAUUAAGCAUAUGGCGUGGAUCUUUAAUGGGUUAUGGCAUAGGGAUUGCGAUGGCUUGCAAGUUUAAGCUUGCUUUUGAAAAUACUUUUUGGUGUAUGCCAGAGCACAGGAUUGGGAUAGUCCCAGAUGCGGGGACUUCUUAUUAUCUUUCUCAUUUAGAAGAUCAAGCUUUUGGUCUGUUUUUGUUUUUGACGUGUAAAACAAUAACAGGGGUAGAUUGCUAUUAUUCAGGGAUAUCUUCACAUUAUAUGGAGCUUGAAAAUUCUGGUUGUGUUAAGAGCCUAGACCAAGCCUAAAUUCAGAGGUGGUUUUUUCCUCGUGGGGAAGACGAGCACGGAAAUUGGAAAGAGAAAGCCCAGCAGAGUCCUCAGGACCAAUCGGGCAACUCCCUAGCGUGAAACUGGGCGUUACGUUCCCAGGCUUUCGAGUUCCACCUUCUACCGACAGUCGACCAUAAAAUCCAUUUUUUAUGGAUUUUCGGAAAGACAACCCACGUAUGUGCGAAUCCCUCGUUUGAGGCAAUGAGGAGGGUGUCCGCCGAGGCCUCACCAUAGGCGAUGAGCGUGUAGGGGUGCAAAUCCCUGGCCCUGCAAGUGCGAACGGCUAAUCUUAAUCUUAAUCUUAAUAUGGAGCUUGAAAAUUUAUUCUAAUUUAUAUUGAAUUUUUUAUAAAAAAUCUGCCUAAAAGCAUUUUUUAUUAAAUUUCUUAUUUAAUUGAUUUUUUUAUACAAAAUUUCCUCAAUGAUAUUGAAAUUGAAAACAGCAUAAAAAAGCCUAUUGAAAAAUACUCAAAUAUCCCUAGCAAAGAAGAUUGUGAAUAUUUGUGGUAUAAAGAUGAAAUAAAAGCUGCAUUUGGAAAUCCUGAAUCUAUUGAAGAUAUUAUUGAAAAGCUCGAAAAUAUUAAUAGUGGAUUUAGCUUAGCAGCUGCAGAUGAUUUAAGAAAUAGCUGCCCUUUGACACUAAAAAUUGCGUUUAAAGUAUUUAAUUUAUAGUGUUUUCCUUGAAUUGUCUAUUAAUAAUUGCUAAAUUCUCUGUUGCUUCUAUCUAAGGUAAACAAUCAUAGCAAAAAAUAAAAGUUUUAACGAAGCUUUAGAAACAGAAAAAAUUGUUGACGCAAAUUUAUUUUGCUAUAAAAAUGAAAAUUAUGUCAAAUCAGUCACGUCUAGAUUGAUUAAUAAAUCAAAAGAAAGAAUUGAAUGAAAUCCUAGUUCGCUUGGCAGUGUUACUGAAGAAAUGAUUCAGGAUUAUUUAAAAAUAUAA